AUGACACAUCUGAUGGACCAUACAUCAGGGGACCUGCCAGUUAGAGACACAGAUGCCAUACCUCUGAUGCUAUCAGGGUCAAAAGGUAAGAAUAUAAAAACUCCACCACCCUUGAGCAGGAUGAGCUGGGAAGACUUGGAGGACAGGUUCUUUCGACUUCAUGAAGAGCAUCUGUUAGUGAAGGAGCUUUCUUGGAAGCAACAGGAUGAGAUCAAAAGGCUGAGGACGACCCUGCUCCGGUUGAACGCGGCCGGCCGGGACCUGCGGGCGGAGGCGGCGGCGGCGCAGCUCUCGGAGCCCGCGAGGCGGCGGCGCGACGCGGGGAGGCGGCAGCGCCUCUCCAUGCACCAGCGCCCCCAGAUGCACCGGCUGCAAGGGCUGUUCCAGCGCGUCGGCCUCUCUGCUCCCCGCCGCCCGCAGCCUCGCGUCUACGUGGGACACAGACAGCUUCACACCGCUGGUGCUCCGGUGUCCGAGAAACCCAAGAAGGGGUCGAGGGACAGGCUAAGCUACACAGCCCCUCCUACGUUUAAGGAGCACGUGACAAAUGAAAACAACAGAGGUGAAAUGUCUGGUGAACCCAGUGAACCUAUGUUUGAAUUCAUGGGUCUAUGCAUGUCAAACAGUGCCCACAUUAUGGCCAGCAAUACUGUGCAAGUGGAAGAACCACCCAAGUCUCCUGAGAAAAUGUGGUCUAAAGAUGAAAAUUUUGAACAGAGAAGAUCAUUGGAGUGUGCUCAGAAGGCCGCAGAACUUCGAGCUUCCAUUAAAGAGAAUGUAGAGCUGAUACGACUUAAGAAGCUCUUACAUGAAAGGAACACCUCAUUGGUAGAGACAAAAGCACAAUUGACAGAAGUACAAGAGGCACAUGAAACCUUGCUUCAAAAGAAGGAGGGAAUCCUGAGUGCAGCCCACGAUGCUCUCCUCAGUCAAGUGAAGGAGCUCAGGGCAGAGCUGAAGGAGGAAAGCAAGAAGGCUGUGAGCUUGAAGAGCCAGCUGGAAGAUGUCUCUAUCUUGCAGAUAACUUUAAAGGAGUUUCAGGAGAGAAUUGAAGAUCUGGAAAAAGAACGAAAAUUGCUGAAUGAAAAUUACGACAAACUCUUAGAAAAAGUUUCAAUUUUCUGGAUUAUUUUUUCUCCAGCCCAAAACAAGGACCUGAAGCUUGAAAUCACCAACAUGCUUCAGAAGCAUAAACAGGAAAUAGAGCUCCUCCAAAAAGCAUCCGCAAUUUCCCAAUUUCCAGACGUGCAAUCUGAACCAGCCACUCACUCAGAGGUAAGAGCCUCUUUAAACAAACUUCCCAGUGAACCAAAAAACCAAGAAGAAAACAAACUGUCCCGGAUGUUAAGUGAGUUGCAAGUAACCCAUGCAGAGACCACAUUGGAGCUAGAAAAGACCAGAGACAUGCUCAUUCUGCAGCGCAAAAUCAACGUGUGUUAUCAGGAGGAACUGGAGGCGAUGAUGACGAAAGCCGAUAAUGAGAAAAGUGAUCGCCAAGAAAAACUGGAUAGGUUGAAUCAACUCCUAGAUCUCAAGAACAACCGUAUCAAACAGCUGGAAGGUAUUUUAAGAAGCCAUGGCCUUCCAACAUCUGAACAGCUCAAAGAUGUUGCUUAUGGCACCCGACAGUUGUUAUGCCUGGAAACACUGCCAGCCCAUGGAGACGAGAGUGAAGUGGACCUUUCCCUGCUGCAUCAGAGUGAGAAUCUUUUUGAACUGCACAUCCACCAGGCCUUCCUGACAUCUGCUGCCUUGGCUCAGGCUGGAGAUACCCAACCUACCACUUUCUGCACCUAUUCCUUCUAUGAUUUUGAAACCCACUGUACCCCACUAUCUGUGGGACCACAGCCCCUCUAUGACUUCACCUCCCAGUAUGUGGUGGAGAUAGAUUCCCUUUUCUUGCAAUACCUUCAGGGGGCUUCAGCCCGGCUUGAGCUACACCAAGCUGUGGCCAGUGAGCACAACACCCUUGCAGCUGGAUGGAUUUGCUUUGACAGGGUGCUAGAGACUGUGGAGAAAGUCCAUGGCUCGGUCAUACUUACUGGAGUUGGUGGAGAAGAGUUUGGGGUGCUAGAGUACUGGAUGAGGCUGCGUUUCCCCAUAAGACGCAGCCUGCAGGCAUGCAAUAAACGAAAGAAAGCCCAGGUCUACCUGUCAGCCAAUGUGCUUGGAGCCUGGGAGGCCCAGGAGGAUGAGUCCAGAUCAGAGACUUGGAAACCUCAGAAUGAGCUGCGGAUUGAAAUCACCAGGUGCUGCGGCCUCCAGAGUCGAUGUCUGGGAACCCAACCCAGUCCAUACGCCAUGUACCGCUUCUUCACCUUUUCUGACCACGACACUACCAUCAUUCCAGCCAGUAACAAUCCCUACUUUAGAGACCAGGCUCGGUUUCCAGUGCUUGUGAACUCUGACCUGGAUCAAUAUCUGAGGCGGGAAGCCUUGUCUAUAUACGUUUUUGAUGAUGAAGACUCAGCACCUGGCUCAUACCUUGGCCGAGUCCAAGUGCCCUUGCUGUCUCUUGCGCAAAACAAAUCUAUUAAAGGUGAUUUUAACCUCAUCGACCCUGCGGGGAAACCUAAUGGAUCUAUUCAAGUGCAACUGGAUUGGAAGUCUCCCUAUGUACCCCCUGAGCACUUCCUGAAAACGAAAGGUGAGACUGAGGAAAAUGACAGAGAGGACAAUUUUGAGAUAUCAUCUGAAGAAGAGGCUUCCUUUCCUCCCCAGGACCACAAGGCAUCUGCUGAGAUUCCCAUUGAAGCUGACCAACAUCAACCAAAGAAAAGAUUUCUUCAGGUGGGAGAAAGAAAGGAAAAGGAACACCAGGUUGCAAGUUACUCAAGAAGAAAACAUGGCAAAAGAACAGGUGUUCAAGGAAAAAACAGAAUGGAGUAUCUUAGCCGUAACAUCUUAAAUGGAAAUACGUUACAACAGGUGAAUUACACUGAGUUGAAGUUCUCAGGGCUUAAAAUCUCUACAGAUGAUGGUGUUGAAAGACGGCAUGAAGAAGAAGAAAUGAUCCAACAUCUUAGUAAGGUUCAUCUGAAGCAGAAAAAUCCAGCCUCUCCUCUGGCAGGUAAAGUAUCCUGUGAACGAGCUUCUGAGGGCAGUGAAGCACAAACUACAGACAGUGACGACAUAGUGACACCUGUGUUUCAGAACUCUCCUAAGGCAGUUUCAGAGAAGAUGUGCAUUGAAAUUGUUUCCCUGGCCUUCUACCCAGAGGCUGAAGUGAUGUCUGAUGAGAAUAUAAAACAGGUGUAUGUGGAGUACAGAUUCUAUGAUGUACCCUUGUCAGAGACAGAGACUCCAGUAUCCCUGAGGAAACCAAGGCCAGGAGAAGAGAUCCACUUCCAUUUUAGCAAAGUGAUAGACCUGGACCCACUGGAGCAACAAGGCCGAAGGCAAUUUUUGUUCACCAUGCUGAACGGACAAGAUCCUGAGAAAGGAUGUUUAAAGUUUACAGUAGUAAGUGAUCCUAUGGAUGAAGAAAAGAAUGAAUGUGAAGAAGUAGGAUAUGCAUAUCUUGAACUGUGGCAGAUCCUGGAAUCAGGAAGAGACAUUCUAGAGCAAGAACUAGAUAUUGUUAGCCCUGAAGAUCAGGCUACCCCAAUAGGAAGGCUGAAGGUUUCCCUUCAAGCGGCUGCUGCCCUCCAUGCUAUUUACAAGGAGAUGACUGAGGACUUGUUUUCAUGA